AUGUUGUACAGGGAGACCUCAACCUUAAAAUUUUUGAAAAAAUUGAAAGCCGAUGGCUUUAAACAACGAUAUGAAACAGACGUUGAGUUCGCCGAUAAUAUUCACAAAAUUGCCUCGCUACCAUUUCUGGAACCAACAUCAGUAGUAGAAGGUUUCGAAUUAUUAUGUUCAAAAUUUGGUGAUGAUUAUCAACCUAUUCUAGAUUAUAUUGAAGACACAUAUAUUGAUAUGUCGAGUUCGCGGUAG